AUGGGCUGGUUCUGGGGCAAUUCAAAUCAAGAUGAUCCGGUCAAGAAGCUUGACCCGGGUCUCCGAGAGUACCUUGAAAAUGAAGCACCAGCAAAAUACGUGCCAACAACACCUGCCCCGUCGUCGCAACAGCCAUCGAAACCUGUGAAUACUCCCUCAAGCGCCUCAUCAGAGACCGAUGAAUCCAAACCGUCCGUUCCCGCCGCCUCGCUCUUCCCCGACGGCCGCUAUGCUCACCUCUGGAAAACAUACACACCUCCUCAGGAAGAGGCCGGAUCUGUGACAAAAGGUGCGGAAAGGGUGAUUGAGAAAUACAAGCAGCAUAAUGAUACCGUGCACCGGGCCGCCAUGGAGAACUGCGCACUGGAGCAUGAGGCCCUGACCUUAUGUUUUCAAACUGGUACAUGGGCAAAGCGAUUGCAGGCUCGUGCGACUGCGUGCUCCGAGGAGAACGGGACGUUCUCUCGCUGCUUCACCACGCAAGCUAAAUUCCUCCAAGCAUUAGGCUACGCUUCCUCAUUCGAUUGGGACGAGGAGAGGGAAGAACGGAUACAAAUGCAUGCAGACAAACUAUAUCACCAGAUGCUCAACUAUGAAAAACAAGCCGCGGAAGCCCGCGCGGCUGGUCUGGAACCGCCGCCGCUCACAUCGCUUUUCAACCCCAAGGCCGACUCUCAACAAGCUAAACCUAGCGAUACCCCAGGAAAUGUCGAGAUCCCUGGUGGCGAGCAGAUCCCGCCUGGUUUCAAACCCUCGAAGCCACUGGAGAAGCUUACACCGCACGAAAGGGAAUUGGAGAUCCGGACUCACAAUGCGCAGAUCGAACAGCAAAAGAUGUAUAUCCAAGAGGCCAGUCCCUUCAUGAAGACACACGAAGAUGCGCGUACGAAACGUCGUGAGAAGGCUGUCAGUUGGUUUGGAGAGACUAUUGGCAAAUGGGUUACCUGA